AUGCCGAAAAAAGAUUUGUCUGUUUAUUUUAAAGAACAUGGAUUUAUUAUUCCUAAUGCUGAAAUUUAUGGUGGUUUAGCUAAAUCUUGGGAUUUAGGUCCUCAAAUAAUUACUCAUCCCCAAGUUUUAGAAGCCUCCGGACAUUUAAAAAAUUUUCAUGACUGGUUAAUAGAAUGCCGUGUUUGUCAAAAGAGAUAUCGGUUAGAUAAUUUAAUUGAUACUAAUGAAUUUCUUAACUUUUUAGAAAAAGAGGAUAAAAAUAAUUAUCAAAUGAAAAAUAAUUGUUCUCAUUGUGGCAAGAAUGAUUUUCACCCUCCCCGGCAAUUUAAUUUGCUUUUGUCUACCAAUUUAGAAAUAACCGAUGGAAAAGAAAAUAUGGUCUACUUGCGACCGGAAACUUGUCAAGGCAUUUUUGUUAAUUUUUCUGCCAUUCAAAGAAGCACCCGUCGGCAAUUACCAUUCGGUAUCGGUCAAAUUGGCAAAAGUUUUCGCAAUGAAAUUACCCUCCACCGCGGCAUUUUCCGCACUCGCGAAUUCGAACAAAUGGAAUUAGAAUUUUUUUGCCGAGGCGAGGAAGGCGAAAAGUGGUGGAGUUAUUGGACGGAAAAAGCAUGGAACUUUCUGAAAAAAAUUAUUAUCAACGACCAGGAAAAAAUAAAAACGUUAAAUCUGAAAAAUGAAGAAAUACCCCAUUAUGCCAAAAAGACCCAAGACCUUUAUUUUCAAUACCAUUUCGAACUUAGUAUUAAUGGCGUUAUUCCCGAAGUAAUUGAGGUUUCAUUCGGAGUGGAAAGAUUAAUGUUAGCAAUUUUAGAAGAUAGUUAUCAGGAGGAAGAAGUGGAAAACUCUCGCCAUAGCAGACUAGAAAAACGGCAAAUUUUAAAAUUACCUCCUUUAUUAGCCCCUUAUUUUUUGCUGAAAUUUGGCAGUUUUUCGGUGGCUUACGAGGAAGGUGAUAUCGGCAAAAGUUAUCGACGCCAAGAUGCUAUCGGCACUUAUUAUUGUCUAACCAUUGACGCAUUAACAGUCGAAGAAUUUUCCGCCGAUAAACCCAACCCUAAUUAUAAUACGGUUACUCUCCGCCACCGCGAUACCAUGAAACAAGAAGAGAAAAGAAUAAAUAUUAAUGAACUCGGAAAUCAUUUGAAUAGUCGAUACCAGAAAUUCCAGUUUUCAAUGAACCAAUAA